AUGGUCCGCAAGCAAGCGCCGCCAAGCACGACCAGCAGUCCGCAGUCCAGCCCAUCACGACAGCAGCAUCAGCCACGGGGCGUGAGUUUGAAUGCUACCGGUGCUGGUGCUGCUACUACUGCUACUGCUGCUGCGCUUCCGGGCAUUGCGUUCGAGAUUGUCGGAGUUGCUGACGGAACAUGUGCGGGCGAACUUGGCGCGCCGCCGCUCUGCGCAUGGCUGCUCAAUCCGACCGCAGCCACAACCACGGACACUGCUACGACCACGGGAGCCAACAGUGCGGCUGCGGGGAGUGCAAGGGCCGAGCUCAUGCGCGCACAUGCGCUGGUCGCGUCCUUGAUUGGGCGCUGGGCGCAGCUUGCCGUCGUCGACCUGGCUUCCAACCCGCUGACGGAGGGCCACCCAUCGCAGACUGGGUCGUCGUGCUGGAUCCAGUUUGCCUCAGAGCGCGAUCUCGCUGCCAGGCGGCUUCAUGUCCCAGCACAACCGCCACCGCCAAUGGUUGAAUCCGUCGCGAUCGCCUCAGAGCAGCAACCAGUGCUGCAGCAACAAGGCAAUCCGGCAGUGUUUGUCUUCCGAGUUGUUCUCUCGUCGUUGGCCGCGAUUGCACUGUCAAUAUACGAGCCUACGCGAUCGCUAUGGUCGGGAACUGUCUUGCCUGGUCCCAAUCCGCGCCUGCGUUGCUGCACGAUGGUGCCAAACACGCUCCAGCAACGAACAGAGCUGCCAGUCGCGACUCGCGUUGUGAUUUCACUCUCUUGGAUUGAUGUGCAGACCGGCCGGCCAGUCGAGGCACCAUUAGACGCUUGGAUGGUUGAUGAGACUGCUGAUUUCGCCCCGACACUCUUCAGCACAAAACCACGGUCGGCAGCCCCAGCGCUCGCCGCUCUGUUGAAAGACGCAAUCGUCUGUCCUGGGCAGAUGCUUGGGUGUGAUUGGUUUAAUCGCCCAUCGGGUCUUGUCGUGCUGUACGCCACGGCAGACACGAGCACCUCGUCCUCUCAACUCCUGCCCUUGCCUGGUCGAAGUCUACCCACUUGCUUUUCACCCGCACUUCAAGGUUGGCUGCAUGCAGUCUCGACAAUGCAGGUGAGCGAGACCCCCAGCGGUGCCGACAAAACCCCGGUAUCUUCUCCCGGGAAGCCAAAGGCUGCCGCCGCGACAUCCCCGCUUUGUCGAAUUGCUGGCAGGUGCACCCCGGCCGCAGGCUGUGUUGUUAGUGGCGCGUCUGGCACGGGCAAAACCGUCACCGUUCGAUUGAUUGCCGAAACUCUUCGUUCUCUCAAUCUCCUCGACCGAGUGGUCUGGAUUGACUGCACUUCGCUGUUUCAGCGCGACGAAGGAGCCACAGAGCGCAUGUUGCAAGCAGCGUUCCAGCGAUGCAAGGAGGCGGGUUUGCCAGCGCUCCUUGUUUUGGACGAGUUUGACACGCUUGCCCCUCUGGCAGGCACCGCAGGGGACGUGGAGCGCCGACUCACGUCCGAGCUGUGUGCUCAACUGGACGACUUGGCUUUGGCGCACCUUCCCAUUUCUGUCAUUGCCAUCACAAGUCGGCUGGACGCUGUGGAUCCCUGCGUGCGCCAACCUCUCCGACUGCCGGUGGAGGUUCCAUUUCACAUUCCUCGUUCAGCAGACCGUUUGGAGAUUCUCGAGCGGCUGACACGGCAAAUGCCACUCGUAAGCGCUACAUUGGAAGGUGAUUGCGAAUCCGUCCAUCCGAAUUCGACGCUCGGUGCCCUGCCCUUGCUCGAACGUCUCGCCGAUGCCACGCAUGGUUAUGUUGCUGCCGAUCUGGCCAACUUGUGUCGAGAAGCAACUUUGGCGGCAAUCAGAGAACUGUCAAACACAAGCUCGCUUUCGGCAGUUUCGCCAACCAGCGUCUGCGUGCACGAGCGUCAUUUGGCCGCAGCUCUGGCCGGUACUCGCCCGAGUUCGCUGGCGGCGGCUUCCAUUGCGACCCCGUCCCGGGCUCGUUCGUCCGCUGCUGCCGUCAUUCCGACAUCUCGCGCGCGGUCGAACAAGGACGCCAUGUCUGCUGCCAACGUGGCCUUUGCCAACCUUGCUGGAUUGGAAGAGCAGAUAGAGCAGCUCAUAGCAUCCGUGCUCUUGCCGCUGCAACAGCCAGAGCUCUUCCGGGCACUUCAUAUUUCGCCACCCAAAGGCGUCCUCCUCCAUGGUCCGUCAGGCACGGGCAAAACCCAGCUGGCCCUCAGUCUCGCCGCUGCCUCUGGUCUUAAUGUCAUCACGGUCAACGCUGCCGAGGUGAUUAGCAAGGUGAUUGGUCAGUCAGAGCAAGCGCUAGCCCGGAUUUUCCGGCAGGCGCGAGACAGCGCACCGUGUGUGGUUAUUCUUGAUCAGAUUGACGUGCUAGCCGGGACACGGGACGGCGCAUCGACUUCCUCUGACAAUUCUUCCUCGCGUCUCCUCACUUGUCUGUUGACUGAGAUGGAUGGGCUGCUGAGAGCUCGGGGCGCUUCCGUGGCUCCGUCUGCCUUUGCCUUGGAGCGACUGGUGGUUCAAGCACCUGCAGCAACGUUGUUUGGCUCUCCUGUGGCCUCUUCGCCGUCACCCGCCUCGGCCGCCACAUCCUUGGCUGCAGAAGCAGCAGCCUCGCCACGCAUCACGCCAGCCCACAACCCGUUUGACGACACUGUGCUGUUCGUGGCCACUACAUCGCGAUUCGAACAACUGGAUUCCGCUAUUCUUCGCCCUGGUCGCUUUGAUAUUCACAUUUCAUUUGAGCUACCUUCGUUUGAGGCCCGUUGGUCGAUCCUUAAACUCUAUCUGUCUCGUCUCGGCUGGCAAGAGGCAGACUUUAUCGAGCACGAACUGGCGCUGGACGCUGUCGUGCUGUACAUGAGCGAGUACGCUGGUUCCGAUGUUGAAGCCGUCUGUCGCGAGGCCGGAAUGAGUGCGCUUCGCGAAUGUGUUGCCUCGCUGGGUGAUGCGCAACCACGGGUCACCCUGCUGCAUUUGCGCGAUGCGCUCAAGGCCGUUCGACCUCAGCGUGCGUAG